AGCAUAAAUUUCUUACUUAUAAAGUGAUCAAACAAAUUCUAUAUAUUACAUGUAAAGGUAGAAGAAUAUGUCUCAAGUUGUCAUGUUUGUUUAUACUUUGAUCAUCUUUCUCUUCCCAUCUCAUGUUAUAACCAAUAAAAUUGCAAUUUAUUGUGUUUCUGACGAUGAUUGUCUCAAGACAUUUACACCUCUUGAUUUGAAGUGUGUUGAUAAUGUUUGUGAGUUCAACUUGAGAUGCAAAGGAAAAUGUGGAGAAAGGGAUGAAAAAUUUGUAUUUCUCAAAGCCUUAAAGAAAAUGGAUCAAAAGUUGGUUCUUGAAGAACAAGGCAAUGCAAGAGAGGUGAAAAUUCCAAAGAAAUUACUAUUUGAUCGUAUCCAAGUCCCUACACCUGCAACCAAAGACCAAGUAGAAGAAGACGAUUAUGAUGAUGAUGAUGAAGAAGAAGAAGAAGAAGAAGACGAUGUUGAUAUGUGGUUCCACCUUCCAGAUGUUGUUUGCCAUUAAAAAACAAAAUUACACUAUACUAAAUACACAUAAACAAAAAAUGUAUUACAACAUUACUAAUAUGUCGAGAUAAUUAAAAAGCUUAAACACAAUUUUCACCCCCUAACUUUUAAAAUGUAGAGAUUUUGACCUCCUAUUAAAAAAUAUAGCAAAUGCCCCCCUUUAUGUUUA